AUGGUCACCUUACAGGAAGCGUCAGAAUAUGAAUCAGCCAGUACGACUGCGGAUCUCGGUACCGCCCCCGUUUCUGUGGGUCGCAGUCCGAGGUGUCUGACCUGCCGGGUUAAUCGAGAUCUGGUUGAUUCCUGCUUACCCGGGGAUGUGGUUCACGCAGCUGGUUGUGUCGGUCUAUUAAAUCCAGACGGCUUAGCUCCCAGCUCACAUACAGGUUCUACAAGUUGGUCAGCACGUCGAGGACCGUCCAUGUUUACUUUGAUGUUGAAUGUGAAUAGUCUAAUCCGUUUGGGUGGAGGAGCGGUUAUCCACUCCCGUCAUUCCAGCGAACAGAUGAAUGCAGUUGAAAGCAACGCCGGUCUGCUAACCAUCAUCUCAGUGAACGAAGGUAAUGAAAACUGCGAUCCAACCCGGCGUACGUCAGAUCCCGGACAGCUGAUGUCCAGUCUUGAUAACGACUUUUCUAUCAAGGAUUUGUAUGCCAUUCGGGACAUCAGUGAACAGCCAAAUCUCUUCCGUCUAUUGGUCGCGUCUUUGUGCCCCACAAUUUGCGGUCGAGCUAUUGUCAAGGCCGGGCUCCUUUUGGCUUUGUUCGGCGGAACCCAAGCACAACAGCGCAGACGCACUCGGCGUGAACAACAGUCUCAGUCAAACGAUCUCACUGGGCGUGCGGAUACGCAUGUUUCGACUCCCACAAAAUUUCACACUUCCGAAUACAACCAAUCUCCGUCCCUCUCAGAUAUCGAUGAGGAAAUCUCCUACCGUCUUGGUGCAGCUCCUCUAGCACCCAGAAUGGAACCGGACGACUUUGGUCUCAACUUUGACCUUGACACAAAUAAAGAAAGCAAAAAUAAUGCGGAUGCGUUAGACCUGAAUGCUGUCGUUCCGGAAGAAUUCGGGCCAACCAAGCGUUCAUCUUCGCACGUCCUCAUCGUAGGUGAUCCUGGGUUAGGCAAGAGUCAGAUGUUACGUGCAGCAGCCAAUUUGGCCCCUCGAGUGAUCUACGUCUGUGGAAAUACUGCGACUGCUGCCGGUUUAACUGUGAGCACUAUUCGGGAAAGCAACGGAACAGGAGGUGGAUUCAGCCUGGAAGCUGGUGCUCUCAUUCUAGCCGACCAAGGUUGUUGCUGUAUAGACGAGUUCGAUAAGCUGGCCUGUGACCCUGCGGUAUUACUGGAGGCCAUGGAACAGCAGACCAUUAGCGUUGCUCGCGGUGGUCUGGUCGCCAACUUGCCUGCUCGAGCUUCCGUUUUGGCUGCUGCAAACCCGGUCGGUGGUCAUUAUGAUUGCACACGUCGCCUGGAUGAAAAUUUGCGUGUCGCCCCGGCCUUACUUUCAAGGUAG